AAAGAACUGAACAAGCACUUCUCGCAAAAGCACUUUCACUGCAUGUCAAACCACUUCUCCAAAAUCUUUGAUACGUCGUCGUCGUCGUCGUCGUCGUCCAUGCUGAACCAGACGAGCGGGGAGCCCUCCGAGCGAAACGACGUCAAGUACAAGGGCGUCCGCAAGCGUAAGUGGGGCAAAUGGGUGUCGGAAAUCCGCCUCCCCAACUGCCGCGAGAGAAUCUGGUUGGGAUCCUAUGACACGCCAGAGAAGGCGGCGCGUGCCUUCGACGCGGCACUCUUUUGCUUACGUGGUCGCACCGCCAAGUUUAAUUUCCCCGACAACCCGCCGGAUAUUCCUGGGGGAAGGUCGCUGAGCCCUGCCGAGAUCCAGGUCGAGGCGGCGAGGUUCGCGAAUUCGGAGAUUCCGAGGAGCCACCAGUCGAUGUCGGCGCCGCAGGCUGAGUGUCAGUCCAUGUCGGAGUUGCAGGCCGAGUCUCAGUCUCCGUCCCUGUCGGAGGGCAGUGGGACCGCCUUCAUGGACACUGAUUUUCAAGUGACUCCAAACGAGUCGCUUUCGGACCUGUUUGGUUCAUUCGGGUCGGGUAAUUACGCCACGGAGUACGGUUUGUUUCCGGGAUUUGAUGAAAUGAACGGUCAGUUUUUCAGUCCAGCAUCGGCGGCACCAACGCCGGCCGUUGAUUACGCGGAAGAGAACUUGGACGGUCAGUUUUUCAAUCCGGCCCAGGAGUCUUUCCUCUGGAAUUUCUAGAGAAGUAGAGAAGUAGAGUACAAAUUAAAAUUACCAAAAAAAAAUAAAAAAUUAAUUAAUUAAUUUUUAACGGGUCGGAGCCCCGAAUAGUUUUAGUUUGUGGAGCUUUGAUUAAAAACCCGGAUUAUGGAUGAACCAAUUUUUGUGCGGCCAUCCCCUUGAUUGAAUUCAUUGUUCAUGUUAUUGGUACAAAGAAAUUUCCCACAGAUGGUGUAGAUUUUUGUGAACUUUGUAUUUAUUCAUUGAGAAUUCAGUGGAAA